AUGAUUCUAAAGCCACGUAGAGUCGCUCCUGGGGAACUGGAUCCCAUCGACAUUACCGACGAGGCUUUUGGCAAAUCCGAUGGGGGCCCAAAGAGAAUGUCAAAAGCCGAGGCUUACAGCUGGGUUAAGGGAGUAGUUUUACGCUCACGCUUCAAUCCUCACAUCAUCGCAGAGCUUUUCUGGGAGCAAUCACCGCCGUGGGCUGAGCUGGCCAAUGCUCACGUCGAUCUGAUCUGUGAUAUUUGUGAGAGUUUUUGUUUCACAAAGCUUCUCGAGAAGAAAGGCGCGAAGGAUGUUACGUCUCGCGUCUGGUUAGUUCCGCGCUACCAAGUGUUUCUGAUUGUUUUGUUACUAAUAGCAGAGGAAAGGUCUUCCAUCGUCAAGAACCGCCUCCAGCAGCGCAAAGCGGCAGCGCACGAGGAAUUCAGGAGGCUCCUUGAAGACCUUAAUGGGUUUCCUAUCAAUUAA